GCCGAGCAGCGGCACAGUACCUUGGUACUCUCGCUCGCGCACGACACCUCGCCACUGCUCGGCCGGCGAUUCCGAGCAGGGGAAGGAAGAGGAUUCCGGCGAUGUCGAGCCAAGAGGCAUGCUGCGGGACCAUGUUCUGGGUGUACCUCAUGUCCUGCGCCGGGCUCGUCAUGUUCGCCGGCCUCAUGUCGGGCCUCACCCUCGGCCUCAUGUCCCUCAGCAUCGUCGACCUCGAGGUCCUCUCCAAGGCCGGGACACCGCAGGACCGCCGCAACGCCGCCAGGAUCAUGCCCGUCGUCAAGAACCAGCACCUGCUGCUCUGCACGCUCCUCAUCGGCAACUCGCUAGCCAUGGAGGCGCUCCCGAUUUUCCUGGACUCGCUCGUCCCUUCUUGGGGCGCCGUCCUCAUCUCCGUCACGCUCAUCCUUGCCUUCGGUGAGAUCAUGCCGCAGGCCAUCUGCACGCGCUACGGGCUCAGCAUGGGGGCCAAGGCGGCGCCCAUAGUCCGGGUACUCCUCGUCCUCUUCUUCCCCGUCGCCUACCCGAUCAGCAAGUUGUUGGAUUGGCUCUUGGGAAAAGGCCAUGUUGCGCUUAUGAGGAGAGCUGAGCUAAAGACCUUGGUUGAUAUGCACGGCAAUGAGGCUGGCAAAGGUGGAGAGCUGACUCAUGAUGAAACUACUAUCAUUACAGGAGCUUUGGAGAUGACUCAGAAGACUGCAAAAGAUGCCAUGACUCCCAUAUCUGAAACAUUCUCACUUGACAUAAAUGCUAAGCUGGACCUGCAUACAGUGGGCAUGAUAAUGAGCAAAGGGCACAGUCGUAUUCCUAUAUACUCUGGAAGACCAAGCAAUAUUAUUGGUCUUAUAUUGGUAAAAAACUUGCUUACUUGCCGACCUGAGGAUGAAGUGCCAACUCGGCAUGUUACAAUCAGAAAAAUUCCAAGGGUGGCUGAUGAUCUUCCUCUGUAUGACAUUCUAAAUGAGUUUCAGAAAGGUCACAGCCACAUGGCUGUGGUUGUUAAACGUACUAAAGAAGCAGGAGCAUAUGCUGAAAAGAGUAAUGGUGUUCCAUCAGACUACAAAAUUAACCAUGUUCAUGCUGAUGAUCUGUCACCCUCAGACGUCAACAUACCUGGAAGCCGUAGAAAUAACACUGAAAAGUAUGGAGAUGGGCGCCCAUAUAGUAAAAAAAUUGAAAGGAAGCGGAACAAUAUUCUUGAUUUUAACACUGAUCCACUUCCUUGCUAUUCAAUGGAUGAGGAAGCAGUGGGAAUAAUUACGAUGGAAGAUGUCAUGGAAGAACUGCUACAGGAAGAUAUAUUGGAUGAAACAGACGAGUAUGUUGAUGUACAUAACAAGAUCAAAAUAAACAUGUUACCUCCAGGGAAACCAUUGUCACCUCUUAUGUCUCCUGGUCGUGGACCGCUAUCUCAAGGACUGAGAAAGACCCCUAUGGCUUCUCCACUAUCACCAUACCAUAAUGGUGGUUCCAUCUUACGUUCCCCUGUUCCAUACCAUGCUCAGUCACCUGGGACAUUACCAACAACACUGUCUCCUGGAAGGUCACCCUUGUCUCAAACUCCUGUGCAUGGUUCGCCUACGUCAAGCUGGGUAUCAAGGAAUUACGGCAGAAAAUCAUAGAAAUGGUGGUGAGAGCUAAAGCUAAGAGCAAAGGGCAACAAUUAUAGUUGUGGUGAGAGCUAGGGCUAAGAUCAAAUGAAGGCACCGCAAACGACGAUUGUAGAUCUUUAGCUCUCCUGUAAUGUUGGUCCUGAUUUAGUGCUUACUUGGCUGUACAUAUAUAUAUAUAUAUAUAUCACUUAGCAUCUGAACCGCAGUAUGGAUGAGCUCUCACUACCUGUUGUAGGUGCCUUUUUGCGAACUUGUAGCCCUUGGCCAUUGCAGAAGAAGAAACUGCAGAGAGAAUGAAAAUGAAAUGCAUUUUAUGUGUUGUGCAUC